CACACAUGUAACUUGGUUGGUAUUAUGCGUCUCGCGCAUCUCUUCUUAACGUGCCCAGGAACAGCAAGCAGUCGGGACGCCUGGCAUCCUUUUCAUGCCUUACCUAAAGCCUUGUUGCGUCCUGCCUGGCUAGGUAGGCGGGUAGGUAGGUACUUAUGAGCCUUUUACCGCCGGUGCCACGCUACAUCUUGCCUUAUCGACACCACCCCGCUGCCAGCAUAGCACCAUUCAUUCCCGACUAACCAUCACCAACAAUCCUACCUCCGUCACUGCGGUACCAGCCAUCGUCUACACCCUCCCUGGAGAAAGACCGCUCGAGUCGUUGGCAGAACGCGUCCAGCGUGAACCUGACUGACCUCAGCUCAACGCAGCCUGAAACUACGUUUCCAUAAUCGCACAUUAUUUGGGCACAACGCAAGGUGCUGAGAGAGCCCGCAUUGCUGCCCACCUUAAGUUGCCCUUUCGUCCUCGAAAAGAAUCCCUAACCUCUUCCACACCACAUGCUCCCAUCGUACGCGUCUGUCUGUCUGCGCCCCUUUUUGCCUGCCUCAGUUCCCCAGGCCAUCCUCAGAUAUCAUAUCCCGCCCGGCCUUGGGUCAAGGCUUAGUUUUACAACGCCUUUUGAACACCCAUCCCACCCACCGCCUUGUCUAUCUGCCUGCCUGCCUGCCCACCUAGCCCUCGCUUCACUUCUCACCCAAACGGCGACUGUGUCACACAACCCAGCUUGCUGUUAGCCUGCCUUAUCGCUGAUUCUCUUAACUUAUCGUCUUGCCCUGUCUCAAACUGCCUUGCUCGGCAUUCGUCCAUUCGCCAAUCCCCCAGGAUGGUUCCCUAUAUCGACGUCUCUCACCUGCCCUCGUCAGCCUCCUUUUACUCGGCCAUCCUCCAACCCCUCUGCAUCCACUAUAUAUCCGCGGACGCGCAGACCGCUUCCCCCGACGUCAACACCAAGGCCGUCGACACCGAGUCCGGAACCACCGUCACCCUUUCUGACCCUAGCAGACCCCUUACUAACGUCACCUACGGUACCUCGUCCCCGCAUACCCCCGUCCUUCAGAUCCGGGAGGCCCGCAAUUCCAGCGAGCCCCUGAAGCUUUCUCACGUUGUCUUCUCUGCUCCGUCCCCCACCGCGGUCACCGACUUCCACUCCUGUGCUGUACGGGCCAAUCCGAAGCUACUGUCCGUCGUGCCCUUCGGCCAGCUUUCGCGUUCUCGACCCGCCACAAUCACACAGAGUGGCGAUAUCCACCGGGCUACUGUGACAGACCUGGACGGUAACACGAUGGAGGUUGUAUAUCAACCCCCUCCCAACUACCCUCCCUUUUACGCUGGGUCGACCGUUCGAAAGACACAGUCAACCACUGAGGAGGUCGGUCGCAUUCUCAACUGGAACUACGACGUUGUUGCCUCUGUACCUUCGCCCUCCAUGUCAGGUUCCGCCGCCGCCGCCGCCGGACCCUCGACUUCUAUCCUCGCCAUGACUGCCCGUUCUGGUCAGUUUCCCGGUGACGAGCCGUACACACUUCUCCGUCGCAGCGUCACCACAUCGGUCAUCGAGUCGCCAGUCAGAAGAGAGGAUCACGCCCCAGCCCAUGCCUCGGCACCGGCCUCGAACGGUGUUCCGACAAGCACUGUCGUUGGAAGUCUUCUGGGUGCAGCUGUCGGUGCUGCCGCCGGCGCCGCCAUCACGUACGGGAUGAUGCGAAAGGAACGUGCACGAGCCCCGCUCCAGGAGUUUGACGGCUCCACUCCGCCGUUCCAGCGCCGGGCCACCUUCCCCGAUCAGUAUGCGGAACCGCAGGCCGGGCCAGGACGCUAUGUCGAGGUCGAGAGGACCGUCGAGAAGAUCCGGUACCCAGAAGCCUACCCGACGCUCCCUGACGAUCGUGCACCACCUCAAUACAUGGCCAAAUACAGCCAAGUCGGCGCACGCAGCCGUGCGGUCGACGAUAUGUACGAAGACACCCGCAGCCAUCAUUCUUCACGCUACCAGCUCGAAAGGGGUAGCAGCGUUCGUUCCAGUAGCCAAGCCGCCGUCCCAAGGACCGCUCCUCUCAUGCUCACUGACUAUGAGCACCGGAGCAGUACAGGCUCAAGACAUAGUGUGGCCAGUAGAUCUGUUGCCCAUCGCUCCACUGUCGACGAUGCUAGGACUUACGUCUCAUCCAGGAGCGGGACGUCGCAAUCGACCGUUCGCCCGCCUCCUCCCACUGUCGAGACGAUACUUGGCGGUGGGAGCAGAGCACCAAGCCGUGCGCCAACCCAAGCACCGAGCAUGGCUCCGAGCCGUACGCCAACGAAGGCGCCCAGCCGACCUCCGACUGUUGUCCGGAGCAAGGCUCCCACAAUAGUGGCUCCCAGUCAAGCCCCAAGCAGAGCUCCCACGCAAGGACCUACCGUCGUCCCCAGUGAAGCGCCCAGCAAGGCUCCCGCCAGGGCUCCGAGCAGAGCCCCGACGGCAGUUCGACCCUCGCAACCUGUGUUCGCAUACCCGCCUGCCACGCGAGCCCCGACAUAUGUGUCCGCGCGUAAUCUCCCUCCGCCGAGAAGUGGAUCUGGCAACAGCCACGCUACUUGGGAAGACGACGCCGUGAGCGUGGCACCGAGCGACAGCAUAAGCUGCAUCGGCAGCAAGACCAGCAGACGUCAGUAUCAUUGAGCGGCCUGAAAUGUGUGGCGAGGCUCUCAACAGCAUGACUUCGGAGCGCCGGCACGACAGGGCGCUUUCUUUUGCACGACCAAUAGGCGCUUGCACAAGCGCGCACAUAAUGAUGCAGCCAAUCAACGAACGACUCGGUCGCACAGGACGAGUUCUCUCUUUACUUCACUCCGUACCUUCAAGUUCGUGUCUAGGGGGCCACGGAAGCUCUGGAGAUGGUGUUUGAUGCAUUAUGCGGCACGCUUAUCCUUAGCGGAGAGGAUGAGCCAGGGGUAUGUAGAGAGGAAGAGAUAUAUGGUCUUUUUUUGCGUUACUCGCCUGAGCUAGACAUUAGCAAUACUUCUCAAUGAUACAAUCUCCCUAUGCAACACCGCACAUUGCCCGGGUGCUUCCGUUCGAGUCCCCGCACCAGGAUAUUUCC